CAGUGUGUGUGGACGCAGCCCGGCCGAGGUCCCCUGGCUGAGGCGGCCUCUGCGCGGCUGUUGCUGGGAGCUCCGGCCAAUCAAAGCCGCAGCGCUGCCGUACAAGUCGUUAGUGGGUUGGAGAAGCAUGACAUCAUGCCCAGCUCCAGCCUCCCUGCGAAAACAAAGCGUGAAACCUCCACAUCCCACUACAGCGACUCACCGUCCACCGCCCGACCGUGUGCAGCGUGACAGCCCGCCGCCCCGCCACUGAGAUUCACACCGGGAGAGGGGGGCAUCCCUCCGUCCGUCAGUCCGUGGGUGCAUGCGUCUGUCCGGGGGAAUGGCGGAUGGAGAGGCCGCCGUGUCUGUGGUGGAGUGGGACAGCGGUGCGGUGAUGGGGGUCUAACCGAGAAACGUCCCACCUCUGCGGCUCUAUUUCCUCUGCUCGGCUCGGUAUUCAGCUCCGGACAUGGAUCCUGAGAAUAAGUUGACAUUCUGCCUCGGGCUGAAGGCUGAGGAGAUGACCAUGUCCCUGCAGGGGCUGGACGGAACCGAAGCUGCCACGGUGGCUGUUUCUCAGAAGGAGACCAACAUACGCACAGUGAAUAAGGUGGUGAAGCCACCCAGGGGUUCUGGUAGCCAGCCUGUAGUCAGCCCAAAGUACUGUCCUGGAGUCAACAACAGUCCAGGUUACCUGUGUGAAACGGGACACUGCUGCGGAGAGACAGGCUGCUGUACCUACUAUUAUGAACUCUGGUGGUUCUGGCUCUUGUGGACGGUGCUGAUCCUCUUCAGCUGUUUCUGUGCUUACCGCCACCGCCGGGCCAAGCUGAGGAUCCAGCAGCAGCAGAGACAGAGAGAGAUCAAUCUGAUCGCCUAUAACGGAGCCUGCAACUACCCUUCCUCGAUGCUGGACCUCAGUUUUCUGGCUUCUUUCAAGUUGCCGUCUUACGAGGAGGUGGCGGCACAGCCCUGCACCCCUCCUCCGCCUUACAGCUCUGUCUUCGCCCUGCAGGGUGGUAGCAUGGGGGGUCCUAGCUCCUCCUUCCCCUAUCACCACCACCAACGUAACCCCUGCCCUCCCUACCUGGGCCCCGGCCCAAGCGGCAUGACGUCCUCCCAGAGCUCUGACAACUACACCAGCUGCUCCUGCGAGUCGUGCUCCCUCACCUCCCCCUCGAGCACCUCCUUCUCCUUCCAGGUGACAGACGAGACGUUCGACAGCAGCCACAUCUCCACACCCAGCGAAGCCUGGGGCGACUCUGCCAUCGUGCCAAGGGUAGGCGCCACCUUUCCGUCCACACCCUCCCCGCCACUUCCAUUGCAACUUCAACCUGAUGUUAUACCAGCGGCUGCUCCAGACGCCGUACCCGUGCAGAGACGCUCCUCUAACGGCAGUGAAGGAAACUCGCCUCCGGCUCCAUCGUUUUCUCUUCCUCUACGCUCUCAUCCUCCACAGCCCUCUCGCCUCCCGCUUUCUCCCCUCACCCUGUUGUCUUCCCUCCCUCCUGGUCAGGUCCAUCCUCUCAUCCUCUCAGACCCACUUGGAAUCAUGGCUGUCCAGAAAGAGAAAGAAGAAGAUGCUUCACCUCAUGGUCCGACCCCCAGGCCCACGCUGUCUCCCCCCAAACAGGUGCUCAUCUCCUCAAAUGUGGCCACGUUCACACGUAGCAGCAGCAAAGGGGAGCAGAAGCUAGAAGAAGAGGAAGACGAAGAGGAAGACGAGGAGGAGGAUCAUUUCCGGCACAGACGACUGACGGGUGACUCCGGCAUCGAGGUGUGUCGCUGCCACGUGAAGAGGGAGGAGCAGGAGGAAGAGGAACUGCAGAAGAGGCAUGUGGGUAAAGGAGGGAAAGAGGCUGUGAAGGGGGAGGAGAGGGAGGACGUGCUGCACGACAGCCUGGACUGUUCCCACCGAGCGAAGGCCGGCGGGCGGUCGCCUCUCUCGGACGACUGCGCCGGGCAGCGCGGCCGCGUCUCCUCAUCCUCCCGUGGCCUCCAGAAGACGGUGGAGGCCUCGUAGGCUGACGGCCAGUGAGUUUAAACAAGUGGAACAAAGUGAGAUGUUUAUGGUCAACGGCUUCAAUACAGAUCAAGACUAGCAGGUGAAAAGUUGAAUCACCUCAGAAAAGUCUUGCAGGUCUUUGUGGUUACGAGCCAAGAGACAGGAAGAGGAAUAGAUCCACCUGUUUUCUCUGUGUUUUAUUUUAAACGAGAACCUGAAAGUGGUAUUUUGUAGUUGGUUGAUUUGGUUCGUGGUUUAGGAGAAAACAGAUCUUUUUCUCGAGAGUGAUGAAAUGCUAACGAGUUGCUCCUUCUCUUUCUCCUUUGUUUCCCCACAUGCUAACCAAAUCAGUUUUCACAGGUAGCUUCGUGACAACAUCCCUUUACCCUUUACUUUUUAUCUCUCUGCUUGCUAAAAAAGCAUUUUAGCUGUUGUCAGUGAAAUAGUCAGUGGUUCCCAACCUGGGGGGUCGGGACCCCUCAAAAGAGUCAUGAGAGGAUUAACCCCAUAAGAAAAAUGAAGAACACGUUCGACCAUACAGAAUUAUGUGCUAAUUUUCCAAUGUUUUCCUGAUCGUAAACAAUCUGAGAAGCGAAAAAUCCAUAUUUGGGUUGAGCUGCUCACAACUUAUCAACUUAUGCAAUGUAAGAUGGAUCUCAACAAGAUAUUCCUUUGAUUUACGGGGUCAUAAAUGUUUGGAACCACUGUCUUUAGUGGUAGAAUAGCAGUAUACCAUGUUCUAUAUGCUAUUUGAUCAGCAGCUGUAACCAUAUUUGUAUAAAGUACAUGAAGUAAGAUUGUGGAACAGGUUAUUUUGAACAGAGCAGAUUGAAAACUUUUAAUCUACUGGCUUCUGAUUUUUUGAAAAACUCAAAUAUUGAUCACUAAAAUAUUCCAGAUGUUCUAUUUCUUGUCGGGUGACUUUUUACUUGCACCAGCCUGUUCCCUCUGUUUACCAGAGGAAAUAAUGACCGAAGGCAUCUAUUGUGACUGAUUCAAGGUGUGUGUGUGUGUGUGUGUGUGUGUGUGUGUGUGUGUGUGUGUGUGUGUGUGUGUGUGUGUGUGUGUGUGUGUUUUAUACGUUUUGUCUUCUGUUGUUCCCUUAAGGACAAAGAGGGUGCAAACAUUGAUUUUUAAAUGUAUGGGUGGCAAAGCUUUACAAUGAUUAUACUUUGAUGUUUCAGACUGUUACAUGAAUAUUCAGCAUAAUUACCCGACUGCUUGACUUUGGAUGUAACGUGUUCGAACAUGUUCCUGUUUGGCCGAUGCCAUUUUUUUUUGCAGGGCAAUGGGGCCGUUGAGUUUUUAAACAAGGCAGAAACUUUAAGCCUAAUCUCAUCACUGAUCAUGAAUGUAAAAGGUAAUGUAUUGCAGCAACAAAAAAAAAUAUAUAUAUAUUGAAGAUGUUUACGGAGAUUUUUUAUCGCAUGUUGCUCGACUGAAAGAGUUUGGAAAAGGCAACGCAAAGUGGCAGUCGGGGCUUUGAGACGACACUUGAAAUGUGAUGUCUGUCUUGGAGAGCGUAUACCUCCGCCAAAGCUGAUUGGCCACUUUAUCACCCGAAUGCAUAUUGAGGUCAGAUUCAUACACCAUGUAAACAGAAGGUUUUCUGCAAACUGUUUACAUUAAACUGGCAAAAUAUCCAUCCUCUGAUACAUGCAUGUUAACGUACAGUAACUAAAUAAAGAUCAGCCCCUACAAAUACUUAUUUUGAUUCACUAUCCAGAUCUUUUCCAACCCGUUCAUAGAUGUUAGCACUCUAUGUCACAUGUCUGAUUUUUUUACAUUAAGAUCUCUAUGAAAAAAACAACCCAAAAAUGUAGAAAAAAAGAAACUGCACUUUUCGCAGUGUUAAAGAAAGGGGAAAGAAAUCCUUGAUCCACACCAACAUUUA